AUGAUGGCGUCGCCAAUGAAACUCUUCUUCUUCGCAUUUUUACAAUGGCUUAUUUUACUCCCUGUGUCUUCAGCGAUGAUUAAUGGCUUUACAACAGUAGUACAAGCUGGGAGAGUAAAUUGCUUCUAUGAAAAAAUCGAUACUAAUAAAUCAUUGGAUAUAGAAUAUCAGGUAAGAAUGUCCUGACUUAUGACUGUGAAGUUUGUCCAUUUAUUUUUAAAUUACGCGUACCUGUGUACUGUCCAGUGCGCUGAAUAAACUUUUGUGUAGUGUAUCCAAAGAUGGUCAGUAGUAAAUGAAACAAUUCGGCAGUUUAACGCUGAAGUUGUAUAUUUACAUCUACAGUUAGCUCUAAAGAAGUUUCCUUGGCAUAACAACUGGAGUUCUCCAAUACUUGACUUGCUGACGACUCCAAAGAUGCAAUAAAACGAAAUUUUAAUAUGAUAUAUAUGUAAGCCUAAGCUAAACUAAGCUUAAUGUUGAUAUUUCCUUGACUGGGUACUCCAUGAACUUAAAUAAAAAUUUUUCUUAGUCAGGUUCCAUUGCUAGGCAACUAUUUAUAUCUUAAAAAACCCUUUUCAUUGCUUAUUAGUGUGCUAAAAUUAAAUCGUGAACCCUUUCAUGAAGUUGAAACUUUGAGAUGUGACUGAUCCCAAUACAGACAUGUAUCUCAAUCUUUGUGAAACACUUACCACAUUCCAAUACAUGAACAAAAGCCUCUUUGCAUUAUUUCACAUAAUUUUACUUAUUACACUUGAAACAAGGGUGAUGUAUCUUUUGUAAAGUAUGUAAUGAUUUUAUAGGUGCCAUAUAUGUGUUUGUUUAUCUUAUAACUUUGUUGGAAAUUUUUGUUCUUUUUUAAAGUUAUCAUUACUCAUUAUAAAAUAUUUUGCCAUUUGUGACUUACUUUAAUCCCCCAGCCGACUCCUCAAAACCAGCUGGCACUGACCAGAUUUUGAAGAUGCAAGCAAUGCAAUGGUAUAUUGUCCCAAUAUACAAUCACAAGCUCGCUUCAAUGUGGCAGCGCGGGAGGCUAGCUGUUUAGGCUUGAUUGAAAUUUAAAGAAAGAGAGAGUUUACCGCAAUUAAUCCGAAGACAAAAUGGCCUAAUCACUGACUCUAACUGAAUGGAAAAAAUGCUAGAAUACACAAAAAAUAUUGCUCGGUGGAUAUCAUCUACCUUUUGAAGAGUAUUUUCAUGGGCAAUAAAAUAUUUGUUCAUAUGCUCAAAAUAUGCCAAAAAACAGGCAAACGUUUUGAAGAAAAUCUACAAGGAGGAUAGACUGUUACGAACUUAGAAAUAUUUUGAAUUGAUUAUAAAACAGUCAUUGAAUUCAGCUUUCAUACGUGACAUGAAGAAUUAUGCAGAUCUCAGAUGCUAUUAUCCAUCUCGGGGCUUUGGCCUCAUUUCAUACUCAGCCUCAUUCAAUAAUUCUGUUGAAUAAGUAUUAAGUUCAAAAAUUCACACCUGAGAUAAAGCAGUGAGUAGGAUAUAUCAUUUUUAUCAGUUCCAACCCUUUCUCGGCGUUGUUCAAGCACUGUUGCCAUCAUCUGAUCCAGUUCCAGUUCUAGUUUUAUUUUUGUUUUUGUCUGAUUAAACUACAAUAAAUUACUCAGUGAUUUUUUUUUUUUGUGGGCCAAGUUUUUUUUAUUUAUUUAUUUCGGACACACAAACAAUAUUACGAUACUUUACAUUUAGAAUCCUUACAAUUAAUUCUAAUUAAUUUUCAGUGAUUUUGUCACCUUUGCGUGUUGCCUCCCUGAUGCAUAAAAAUCCCCAAAGACCCCAAAUAAUUCAUCAAAUGUAUCCUGUAGGGCACAGAGAACGAUCCAUCAAUUUGAAGAUUUUUUUUAUCCUGUUCAAAAUGCCUCGAAACAAGACGCCAUCUUGGCUCGGGUCACAAAACAGUGAAUAGCUAAGGAUAUUCCAAGUUACGGGAGCCAAUCAAAAAGUGCGAAAAUUGCUAUUCACUGAUUUGGUAAAAACUAAAGUUCAAUAUUUUCUUUAAAAUCAGAGUUUCUGUGUUAGCUUUAGAAUAAGCUCAGCAAUAGAUUUUUUUUGUAUUAUGCGCAUUAUUCUAAUGUGGUUGAAGGUAGCAUGUUCAGAGGUAAUAUAUAUUCUUAAAUUUCCCGUGAAUUGACCUAAUUGUCAUCACUAAUACAUUACCAAGCCAAAUCCCUUCAAUAUUAUUUUACACCCAGCUGACUUUGGUAUUUAAUUAAUCUCUUGCACAAUUAUGACCUAAAAAGGAAGAGGGAGAUAGGAAACAGAAUAGUGCUACUUAUCCUGUAUUCUCUUUAAAAUUUGAAAGAGUUUUACACGGUUAUUAAUUUUUAUAUACCAGUAACUACAGAAAUCUCGUGCACACACAUACUAUACAUUUCAAUUUAUAUACUGUGACUCUAAUUACUUAUUCAUCAUUAGGAAUGUUCCUUAGAGAUCAAGUUUAUAUUUUUUUGCCUUAAAAGGUUUAACUCUGAGACACUUGUAUUUGGUGGACUCUUCAGGACUACAGCAAGCUUGUUUUAGCUUAAGAUAGGUUUCUUCCAAAUACAGGUUUGUGUUACAGAAAGCAGGGAAGAUAUAUAUAGGGAGACAGCUUAAUAUGGGGUCAACUUAGCCAGUUUUCACUCUAUAACCUUUGACUUGUUUUAAUAUCAAGGUUGUUGAAGGAGGUGGAGAAAUGGACAUUAGCUUUCAAGUAGUAUCACCCAAUGGAGUUGUGCUAGUGAAUGAUGAAAAGAAAGGAGACGAGGUGCAUAGUAUUGUAACAAGUGAACCUGGUGUCUACUCAUUCUGCUUUGAUAAUUCAUUCAGUACUCUGGCACAGAAAGUUGUGUAUGUGGACUUAGGUCUCGAUACUUCUGAUGAGGAUUCCUGGGUCAAGUCAUUAGAAGAAGGUGACUUUGACGGUACUGAAUUGCAAAUAGAGAGCAUUAGGGUAUGUUAUUUUUAGCCCGUCAGCUUCUUGUAGUGUCUAUAUCUCUUUACAGUAAACCCGGCGUAGUCAAUUGAGCGUUCAGUAAUAUUUAUUGAACCCAAUGGAACUCACCCCAAAAUUUUCCUAUUGAAGACAAUCAAACGUGCGGAAAUCGAACUCUGCAACAAUCGAACAUAAAACCAGUUUCAUCUGGUUUCAAACAAGGCGUAGUGGGUAGGAGUAGUGGGUGCAAGAAAGAACGGGGCGGGUAAGGGAUACAGCCUCUCCUCGUGUGUCUCCCUCUCGUGCGCCCCUUCUUUCUUGUGUCCAAAUACUUCCAAGCACCUACUGCUAUGCAGGCUAGUAAUGAGCCGGUAGUGCUAGUAAUGACUAUUUUGAAAAUGCUCUACGUUUUUGCGUGUGUUCAGAUCGAGUUACGGUGUCCUUUUCUAAUCGAAACUUUGUCAAAGACGGUUUGGCUAGUAUCCUAAGAAUAUCUCUGGGUGGUAUUGUUUCGGGAAGGAAUUUUACAUUGUUUAAUUGGGCCAUUCAUGCUUCCCAGUAUUAAUUGUGAAUUGAUCUAUUUUGAAUCACUUUAACAACAAAGAUUUUAGUUAAUUCAAUUAUUUUUUAUUUCAAACUGCUUCACGUAUAUAGUGGAGGGAGAUAUUUCCGAUUCAAUUGAAACUGGAUGCAUUUUGUCUUUCUGCCAAACACAAUUGAACUAAUCGUGUCGAUUGAGUUCGGUGAUCAAACUCACCAAAAAGUUCCAGUUUGAUCAUGUUCGAUGACCAAACCAGUCGAACAACAAUCCAACCAAUUGGGUUCGAUUGAGUUUGAUUGAUUUUUGGUUCGAUCUCGUUCAAUUGACUUCGCCGGGAGUAAAUGCUUGAAUUUAAUCAUGGGGGGUGGGGGGGGGAAUUAUUAAAUUUUAGUCAAGGGUUAGGUGCUAAUUCAAAGGUCCAUGCCUAUUUUGUUUUUCAAAAUUUUGGCCUCAAAAUAACAUUGUCUUUAUUGCCAGAAAAUACACACUGUAAGUCAGUAAACUAGAACAUAUCUGUAAAAAAGAUGUACAAGUCUGUGUGCAUUAAUUGCUAUCAAUUAAUGCCCACAGUCAAACAAUUGUCAAGUUCAGUUAAGUCAGGAAAUGGCAUAUAUGAGUUUGCCUUUGAAGCUAGAAUCAUGACCAUAAAAAGAAGCCGUGCAUAAACAUUUGUUAUUAUUUAUGAGGCUAGUAAAAUUUUCUUCUAGUGUUGCAAGGUUAAAUCAAGUUUUGAAAACAUGUGAAAUCUUUGUCAUAUUUGUUGUGAGCUCUAGCAAAACAAAAGUUAUAUAAAAAUUAUCAGUUGUGUCAAAAUUGCACAAGCAAGAUGACAUUAAGAAGCGAAAAGGUACUUAAAAAAGCCCUUAGAUACAAAGCCUGCGAGCAAGCUCCCUGUGGCAGUCUGGCAGUUGGGUGGGAAAAGAAAGGAGAACUUGCAACAACGUCUCUGGAAUUGGAUGACAUUUUUGCUCAUUUCUGCUUCACUCUCAUGAUUGGAAAUUGCACAGCUCAGUUGAUGGAGAGCCCCAGGGGAAUUGGAGGCGGAUUUCAAAUUCUAGAGACAUAGUUGCUUGCUCUUCUUCCUUUUCCUGCCCCGCCACCAGAAUGCCCCUGAAAGCUUGCUCGCAGGCUAUAAGAUACUGUAUAGAUAACUUUCUAACAUGAUAACUUUUUAGAGCACUCUCAAACACACUCUCAAAAUUAAUGGGCUAGACACUAUCUGUGAGCUCUCCAGCCCAGCCCAAGUGAGUGGGGCAGGGGUUCUUUUUUGGACCAAUUUCAGAGGCUGUCUUGCUAUCCAAUAAUGCACUGCCUUGAUGGGGGUCAUAUUAAGAACCCUUAAAAAUGAUCAGUAAGUUUUGAAAAAAAAAUCAGUUGGAGUUAUAGUUUGCAGAGUCCUUUGGUAAUCAGUUUUAAAUGGCAGUCCAUUCAUGUCCUUCAAGCAGAUUUCCUCUGUUUCCUUUUUGUGAAUUAUUUUAAACUUUAAAACUCAUAUUUAUGAAUAUAAUAUGGACAAAGUCCAUCAGCUAAUUGAGUAAUAAUAUUUUAAUUUUCAGUGGACAAAAACCUUGUACGAGAAUAAUUUACACAAUAUUGAAUACUUUUUAACAUUUUUCAAGAGCUAUAGAUGUAAUUAGUUAUCUGUAAUAACACCAAAGAAAAUUUCGCAUGAGAUCCCGGGAAAAUGAACGUCAAAUUUCAGAAAAUGACAUCUUACAGUGAGUUUUCACGAUUCUUUUGCAAUUUGACAAUUUUUUUCUUGGGCUCCCAUGAGGAAUAGUCUUUGGUGUCAUAACGCAUAACUAAAAUUAUUAUAUCUAUAGCCCUUGCAAAAUGUAAAAAUGAAUUAUAUUACUCUGGUACAAGGUUUUUGUCCACUGUAAAUUGAAAAUUACUCAAUUUCCAACUUUGUGUUAUCAAGAUAAUUAUUGUAAUAAUUAUAUGUGUGACUUAAUUCUUUCUCACUCUCUUUCAUUGACAGAAUACCCUUGCAAAUAUCAAAGACACACUUGAGAAAGCACAGCAUUACCAGGCCUACUUGACUAAAAAGAAUUUCAAGAGUCAUGCUAUUGUCAGUAGAAGCUCAAGCAGGGUUUUUUGGUGGUCACUUAUACAAAGUAUUGCUCUCAUUGGAGUGGGUAUUUGUCAAGUUUUAAUUGUAAAGAAUUUCUUUGGAACUGGUAAAACUAACCAGAGGAUUUAG